AACACGUUCCACCCACACAUCGCAACUCACUCACAUUAGACACAGUGAGAGAAAACUAGUGUAGGACAAGACACGAUGGCGAUAGGCGCCGGGUUGAAGAAGAAGCUGCAGGUGUAUUUGUCUCUUGUCGUGGUUCAAUUUGGUAAUGUGGGUUUCGCUAUAGUCGCUAAAGCGGCACUGAAUCAGGGAACCAGCCAUUACACGUUUUCUGUUUACAGGAACGCCAUCGCCGCGCUCCUCUUUGCGCCGUUCGCCAUGGUUCUUGAAAGGAAAAUCAGGCCGAAGAUGACUUUUAGCGUAUUCGUCAAGAUCAUGUUGCUUGGCUUGUUAGACCCAGUUUUUGGACAGAAUAUGUUCUACUCUGGAUUGAAUUAUACAUCAGCAACUUUCGCUUCAGCCAUGUGCAAUCUUCUGCCUGCAAUAACAUUUGUAAUGGCUUGGAUACUCAGAAUCGAGAAAGUGAACCUGAGAGAAGUACGAAGCCAUGCAAAGAUUGUAGGAACAAUGGUGACUGUAGGUGGAGCCAUGAUUAUGACCCUUUUGAGUGGACCUGUGAUACCAUUGCCCUGGACACAUAAAUCCCAUCAAUCUCACUCUUCCAGCAAUUCCAACGAUCAUGAAAACCCCGUCAAGGGCGCUCUCAUGAUCGGCGCGGGCUGUUUCGGCUACUCCCUCUUCUACAUCCUUCAGGCAGUCACAUUGAAGACGUACCCAGCCGGGCUUUCCCUGACGGCAUUGAUAUGCACGUUCGGAGCAUUGGAAGGAACCGUCCUGACUUUCAUUGUGGAAAGGGGUAACACUGCGAUCUGGGCUUUAGGAUGGAACGCCAAACUUUUAGCCUAUGUUUAUGGAGGAAUAGUGGCUUCUGGAGUGACUUACUACCUUUCAGGGGUGAUAAUGAAGCACAAAGGCCCAGUGUUCUUGACAGCAUUUAAUCCCUGUACGAUGGUCAUAGUCGCAAUCUUGAGUUCUUUCAUUUUCCACGAGCAAAUGACUGUCGGAAAGGUCACUGGAGCUCUGGUCAUUGUCACUGGUCUCUACUUCGUGAUAUGGGGCAAGAGCAAAGAUCAGAAGGAGGAGGUGAAGCUGACGGAGCUGCCGCAGCACAAACCGGCGGCGGCGGCAGCAGAUCAUCAGGAUUUUCCUUCAUUAAAGCCCGGGAAGACUGAGGGCUCACAGACAAUGAUGUCCGGCGCCGGCCAUAAUGCUGUUUAAUUAAGGAGAUGGGAUAAUUAAUCUUUUGAUUAAUAUUAAUUGAUCGAUAUGGCUCUCCCCAUUUGUGUCCUGUCUUAGAUAUAAUUAUGGGUUACACACAGUAAAGUGUGAAUAAACACACAUUGUUUCUUGACAUUUUUGUCGAGACAAAAAAAAUUGAAUGUAUGUGCUAGACAGCUUUGUGUAAAGUCUGUACGUAUAGAGUUUAGAUGGGGCUGAUGAUCCAAUUCCCUUUCUGCCCCCUACUCUCAUCAUUGAUUAUUACAUGUAUAACUCUAUGAUGAUCAAUGACUAGCUAUUCAGCACCAACUUCACGAA